AUGUUAGAAAGACUAAUUGUAGAAGUAAACGAUAGCAGUGAUAGUGAUAUCGUCCAAGAAACAAGGCGACGAAGGGUUCGCAUAGAUAGCGAUAGCGAUGAAAGUGAUACGGAAGAGAACACACCGCAACAUGACAACGUAUCGUCAAGCGAAGAGUGGGAAGACGUCACUGAAUCAGGCGUUCCUCCAGUCACGAUAAAUUUUGACUUACAUGACGAAAUAGCCGGACCACAACUACCAAAUAAUGUAAAAGAACCCAUAGAAUAUUUUACAUUAUAUUUUACUGAAGAAUUAGCAGACAGCAUAAUAAAAGAAACAAACAAUUAUGCCAACGAAGAAAUUAAAAAGAAACAACUUUCACGGAAAUCAACUUGGCACAAGUGGCAUGAUAUUACUAAAGAAGAAUUUUUAGCUUUCAUCGCCGUUAUCCUAAAUAUGGGAUUGAUUCAACUGCCCAGUAUUCAAGAAUACUGGUCUACUGCUUCCAAUAGUAGAAUCCCUUUCUUUCCGGAAACAUUCACUAGGGCCAGAUUUAUGCAAAUAUUUUGGAUGCUACAUUUGACGAAACCCACGCAAAGAAAUGCGACGAUAAGAACUCGUAUCCAAAAGGUUAGCAAUUAUUUAGAAUAUAUAGAUGGCAAGUUUAGACAAUACUUCAUACCGUAUAAAGCAGUCGCUGUGAAUGAAUCUAUUGUAAAAUUCAAAGGCAGAAUAGCAUUUAUCACCUAUAAUCCGAACAAGCCAACGAAAUGGGGUAUACGCAUAUAUGCGCUAGCGGAUUCAAAAACUGGAUAUUUAUUUACAAUACUUCCGUACUAUGGCAGCAUAACUUCCGAUAACAUUUAUCGGCCUGAUCUUCCAGUAACCACCAGGAUUCCACUACAUUUAUAUAAGAAGUUGUUAGACAGAAUUCCUGAUGCAAAAGGAUACCACAUGUACACUGACAGGUACUAUACCAGCAUUUUAUUAGCAGAAGAAUUGCUAAAGAUGAAUUGUCAUCUUACUGGCACCAUACAAGUUAAUCGAAAAGGCGUACCGACACAAAUAAAAAAACCAAAAUUUUCAAGAAAAACAACAGUUGCAUACAGGAAGAAUAGCACUACGCUUCUUGCGUGGAAAGACAAAAGAAUUAUCACAAUGCUCACUAAUUAUUACAACACACAACUACAAUCUACCCACAGAACAUUACGCGGUGGACAUGUUGUAACAGUCAAUAAGCCUGAAAUGGUGUUAGAAUACACGGCAAAUAUGGGUGGUGUGGAUCGUGCGGAUCAAUGCGCUUCGACGUAUUGUUUUCUCCGUCAGUCGCUGAAAUGGUGGAGGAAGUUAUUUUUUUGGGGAUUGGAAAUGUGUGUCAUUAACUCAUACAUUAUUUAUCGUACCUCAAAACAAACAAAUAAUGAAACCCCAAUGACGCACCACAAGUUUGUCAAGGCACUCAUUGACCAGUUGAGGGGUGAUUUUCGUGAAUCGAGAACGCGUCCAUCCACAUCUUCUACGGACAAUAGAUUAGAGAAUAAACUACAUGUUCCCGAUGUGGGACAAAGAAAACGGGAUUGCAUCGUUUGUUCUGACAGGAAAACACCUGGUGGCAGGCGUCAAACAACUUAUUAUUGUCAAACGUGCACUAAUCAGCCAGCAAUGCAUAUUGGGGAGUGUUUUAAAGUUUAUCACACUGUACAAAAUUAUAAGAAAUAAAAUAUUGACUUUUUUGCAAAUAUA